AUGGGGAGCAGCGAGAAGACUGUCACCGCUUAUGGUGAGUACACCUAUGCUGAGCUGGAGAGGGAGCCCUACUGGCCAAGUGAGAAGCUGAGGAUUUCGAUUACUGGGGCUGGUGGUUUCAUUGGAUCCCACAUUGCUCGCCGUCUCAAGAGCGAAGGCCAUUAUAUCAUCGCCUCUGACUGGAAGAAGAAUGAGCACAUGACUGAGGAUAUGUUCUGCCAUGAGUUCCACCUUGUUGACCUCAGGGUCAUGGACAACUGUCUCAAGGUUACCCAAGGCGUCGACCAUGUAUUCAAUCUUGCUGCUGAUAUGGGUGGCAUGGGGUUCAUCCAGUCAAACCACUCUGUCAUCAUGUACAACAACACCAUGAUCAGUUUCAACAUGCUUGAGGCUGCACGCAUCAAUGGUGUGAAGAGGUUCUUCUAUGCUUCGAGUGCAUGCAUUUACCCUGAAUUCAAGCAGCUUGACACAAAUGUGAGCUUGAAGGAAUCUGAUGCCUGGCCUGCUGAGCCUCAAGAUGCCUAUGGCUUGGAGAAGCUUGCAACUGAGGAGCUCUGCAAGCACUACACCAAGGACUUUGGCAUCGAGUGCCGCGUUGGCCGUUUCCACAACAUCUAUGGCCCCUUUGGAACAUGGAAAGGUGGUCGUGAGAAGGCACCUGCUGCCUUCUGCAGAAAGGCUCAGACAUCUACCGAGAGGUUUGAGAUGUGGGGCGAUGGCCUCCAGACACGAUCAUUCACUUUCAUCGACGAGUGCGUCGAGGGUGUCCUGAGGUUGACCAAGUCAGACUUCCGCGAGCCGGUGAACAUCGGGAGCGACGAGAUGGUGAGCAUGAACGAGAUGGCCGAGAUCGUCCUGAGCUUUGAGGAUAGGAAGCUGCCCGUCCACCACAUCCCUGGCCCGGAGGGGGUCCGCGGGCGCAACUCCGACAACACCCUCAUCAAGGAGAAGCUUGGCUGGGCCCCGACCAUGAAGCUCAAGGACGGGCUGAGGUUCACCUACUUCUGGAUCAAGGAGCAGAUCGAGAAGGAGAAGACGCAGGGGGUCGACGUCGCGGCGUACGGGUCCUCCAAGGUGGUGUCCACCCAGGCGCCCGUGCAGCUGGGCUCCCUCCGCGCCGCCGACGGCAAGGAGGGCCUCUGAGCAGGCACUGGAUACGGAUACUGCUGGAUAGAGUUUUGGCAGCAACCAAAUGUACCGUUUGGGCCCUCUCUAGGGUUAGAGACGAUCAUGUUCUAGCCAUUCAGCACCCCGUUGAUUUUUUUUGGUGCCAUCUUGUUAAUUGCAUGCGUGUUUCACUUUCACCGUUGUACUCCUUUGGCCAUGAUGAUGGGCAGUGAAAAUCCCCUGUGCUUUACUGUGAAUGAUACAAUAAAAAUCCAGUUCUUC